UCUUUCCUCUUAGUUUAUUUUUGUGUUUGCCUUAUAGAACAAUUCCAUAACACAGCAAGACAAUAUACAUAUAUUUCUUUUUCUCUUUAUUGAUCAUAAAGGAUGGCAGAAUACAAGCAGCACCAACGCCUAUUUGACCGUUUUGAUGAGAACAAAGACGGAAAAAUAUCAGCAGAGGAACUACAACAAUGUGUCCACUUGAUUGGCAAAGACAUGUCGUACGAGGAAGCAAAGGCUGCGGUUGAGCUUAAUGAUUCGGACAACGAUGGCUUGUUGGAUUUCGAAGAUUUUGUGAGAUUAAUCGAAGAUGGAAGCGAAGAAGAGAAGGCGCAUGAGUUGAAGGAGGCAUUCAGGAUGUAUGAGAUGGAAGGAUGUGGAUGCAUAACGCCUGAGAGUUUGAAUAGAAUGCUUGCUAGAUUGGGAGAAUCAAGAACUAUUGAUGAAUGCAGGGGAAUGAUUUGUCACUAUGAUAUUGAUGGUGAUGGUCUCCUCAAUUUUCAUGAGUUUGAGAUUAUGAUGCGUUGUUAGUAAUAGUGAGUUAGAGACAUACCCUAGUUGUUUGUCCUUGUUUCUCUUCACCUUUUUUUUUCCCCCGAUUUCCUUGAAUCUUUGAUUCUUUCAGUCUUGGGUUGAUUUGUGGAUGGCUCAUUCUUUCUGUAUAUUACCGGAUUGUACCUUAAUCUAGUCUAAAGGUUCUAAUUUUAGUGAAGAGUUGAUAUA